AUGUAUGUGACAUGCUCAGCGAGUCAGGGGUCUCCCACAGAUCACAGGUCUCCAAACGGGACCAAGCCCAAGAUCACCCUGGACCCCCACAUCCGACUGAAGGCGGAGAAGCUGGACCUGGCUCUCAGAUUCCUGGGGUUAGAGGUCACAGAGGAGCAGAAGAACCAACUCCGACUGGGGCUGAGUCCUGACCCUCAGGGAACUGUGUCCUACGGAGACUUCAUGGAGGCCACUCGCAGCCUGUUCCCGGAGCACCUGGAGGAACUCGGCCUGGGGGCGGGACCUUUCCUGUUCUCCUAUCAUGAGGCGGCCAGUUUGAUGGACACCUCAGCCUUCCACUCUCCUACGUACGAGUCUGAGUGUAGCUGCAGCUCAGAGGAGAUGGAGAGUUUCCAGACAGAGGUGCGGCAGCUGCAGAGCCAGAUGAGGCAGCUCAAGAACAUGAUGAAGGACAUGGAGAGCAGUAAGAAGACUCUGGAGGAGGAGCUACAGAAGACCUCAGAGAAGGCGUGUGUGACUGUAGAGGAAAACACCCGGUUGCGGUGCCGCCUUCAGGCCGUGGAGCGUAAGGCGAGCAGCAGCGCGGAGCAGGACUAUGAGGAGGUGAUCGGGCUCCUGGAGGCCGAGAUCCGAGACCUGAAGAACCAGCUGGGCACCAGGAAGCACCCGGCCAAGGAGGACGUGGGAGAACUCAGCCGCAGACUUUCUUCUGUGGACUCCCAGCUCCGGAGGUCAGAGGUCAGCCGCAGGCAGCUGGAGAUGUCCAACCGCAAACUCAUGGGCUUUGCACAGGCAAAGGUACAGACAUGA